AGAAUGAUUCUGAGAAUGUGUAUAUUGUGCUCUUGUCAAAAACUUUCCUGCGUCUCUGAAAUUCUAUAAGUUAAAAUUCACAAAUUUCUUCGGCAAAAGUGUCACAAAUGUGGGUAUUUGUCCAAAGAGCUGUUCCACCAUAAAUACCAUCUCCAACAUCGAUUCUUCCCGCACAAAAUUCAAUGCAGAUAUGCUGCUAUAUUAAUUGAUGGCACUUUUGGGGCGAAUAAAUGAUACAACCACCAGAUGCAACAGUUUGAGACACCAUUGGCUCACAGAUCUCUGGUAAAUUAUUCAAAAGAAAUCUCCUCCAAGACUAAAGUUGGCAUCACAAUUGAAUAAUUAAAAGAGAGCAGCAGAGUGUGGAUACACAGGAGGGAAAAAAAGAGAAAGAUUUCCCCUCGAAAAUGGUGACAAUGACAUCAGAAGCAUCGGACAAAGGAAAUACAUCCAAUGAGUCCAAUACAGCGAUUGUACCAAAGAAAUAUGUCACCAUGGCUGGUGGGGAGGAUGCACCCAACAUAUUGGUGUACAAAAAGAUGGAAGCCAUUAUCGAACGGAUGCAGAGUGAGUCGGGAGGUGUUGCUGUGAGAACUAUAAAAGCAUUUAUGAGUAAAGUGCCGUCUGUGUUCACGGGAGCCGAUCUCAUUGCAUGGAUAAUGAAGAAUUUAGAUGUGGAAGAUUUGAAUGAAGCCCUCCAUUUGGCUCACUUGCUGGCCUCCCAUGGCUAUUUAUUCCCCAUUGAUGAUCACAUUUUGACCGUAAAGAACGAUGGUACCUUCUACCGAUUCCAAACCCCAUACUUCUGGCCAUCUAAUUGCUGGGAGCCAGAAAAUACCGACUAUGCUGUGUACCUUUGCAAGAGAACAAUGCAAAAUAAGACACGAUUGGAGUUAGCUGACUAUGAAGCGGAAAACCUGGCUCGAUUGCAGAAAAUGUUCUCUAGGAAAUGGGAAUUCAUCUUCAUGCAGGCUGAAGCUCAGAGCAAAGUGGAUAAGAAGCGUGACAAAUUGGAGCGCAAAGUUUUGGAUUCACAAGAGCGUGCAUUCUGGGAUGUGCACCGCCCAAUGCCGGGAUGCGUAAAUACCACCGAAAUGGACAUAAAGAAGGCAUAUCGUCGCGGUGGGUCCAGCAGUUUGGGUUCCGGCUCUGCGGGGGCAAUGAGCAAUAAUCCAGUGGAACAGAUGACCCGUACAAUAGGAUUACUGAAGCAGAGGAUGGAAAGGCGUACAAUUAAAAUAUCCAAAAUAGCCGAGAGCUAUAUAUCUUACUUUGAGCAAUAUAAUGACUACGAUUUUUUCAUUACCACCCCCGAACUCCCUAAUCCAUGGCAGAGCGAUAACACUGAAUUGUGGGAGCAAGAUAAAUCAGCAAAGGAGGUACCACUGAGGCGGGUGAAGCGCUGGAGUUUUGGCUUACGUGAACUUCUCAAUGACCCAGUUGGGAAUGAGCAAUUUGCAAAAUUUCUGGAGAAGGAGUACAGCAGUGAAAAUUUAAAAUUCUGGGAAGCCGUACAAAAUAUGAAGACACUACCGCAGUCAGAAGUCAAGGAAGCCGCCCUCAACAUCUGGAAGGAGUAUAUGGCCCCCGAUGCCCCAUGCCCCGUAAAUGUCGACUCACGCUCCGUGGAGCUAGCGCGUGAGGCAGUUAUGUCUACAGGUCCCAUCAAUCGAUGGUGUUUCGACGUUGCGGCCGCUCAUGUAUACCACCUCAUGAAGAGUGAUUCAUACUCGAGAUAUUUGCGAUCCGAUAUGUAUAAGGAAAUCCUCAAUGGAUCGAAGAAGAAGGUAAAAUCCAUUCCCAACCUUUUUGGUGUCAAGCGCUAAUUGAUAUAUGGGGCUAUAGAUGCAUUGAUAAAUCCUCUAUAUUUACUAUUUGGAUUACAUUGUAGUUGUUUCGUUCACACAGUCAUGUGUUGAUGUGCAAAUGAUUACAUGUAGGAUUCAGGGUACAAAAUCACAAACCAUGUUUAAUUGAUUCAUGUAUUUGAGCUUUACCGCAUACAUACAUAUACAUGCAUAAAUAUGUUCUAAAAUGCGAUAGAAAUGGAAAACAUACCAAAAAAAACAACAGUUAUAGGUACAACAAAAGCAUAAUAUGCUUACUAUUUAUUUCAUUUUUUUUUUUUAAAUUAUUUGUUGAUGUGAGGAAAACCAGCCAAUAAUGAAAAAGAUUAUUUUAAAACAAGCUUAUUUUCAUUUCCAUAAAAGAGAAUAAGUCAAGUAAAAAUUUAAUUAAUUUCACAUUUAAAUUUUAAUUGGAUUUCCAAAGAAAUUUUUUAUAGUAAAAGAAAUUAUUUCAUUCACAUUCUGAUAGAGAAAGUCAUAAACUGAUAAAUUUUUCAAGGUGUUUAACAAAAAAUUUGCGUUCGUUAAAAUGUCAAAGUGGACUUUUAUAAUUAAAUAAAAUCUUUCUUUAUUAAAUAACUAUAUAUACACAAGUAGAUUGUCGAGUUUUCAAAUGAAAACUGAUUUUUUAUUCAGAGCCAAUUUAAAAGAGAUUUUCACUAAGAAAGCAAAAUUGAUUUGGAAAUAAAAUUGAAUUUCCACCCACACCAUUUAGUUUAUUGCAUAAUAAUAAGAGGGAAAUGUGUGUCCCCGAGUUAUUCAUAGACUAAAUUGCUGAAAGUAGAAAUCGAUUGAAUUAAUAUCUCAUUAACAACUUAUUUUAUACCACAAGGAUUAUCAUCUUCCCAUUAUAAUCAUAUGCAUUUAUGUAGUUUAUUAUUGAAUUUUAAAUAAUUAACUUAACUAUAGUUUUAGCUGUUAUUAUUGUUCCAUUAGGUGGUGGAGAUUGCUUUUAAAGGUAAAAUUUAUUGAAAAAUGGGAAAUAAAUCAAAUUACUUUUUAUUGAUUAUUUUUUUUUGUAUUAACUUUGGCUAGUUUUCCUUACAUUUACCCACUGUUUUUGCAAAAAAAAAGUCCCCCAUCCAGAAUGCAUCAGAUAGUACGUUAAUAUUGUAUACCAAGAUAUUCGAGACAUACAUUUUGUAUCAAAACAUCACAAACAGAUUGCAAAUUGCAAUAUUUAAUUUUACCUUUCAGAUUGAUAAAAAUGGAAGUAAAUGAAUAAAGUUCUUAAAUUUAUUUAGACAGCACUCUAAUCUAUUUAAAAAAAAAUGUUUUUCCAUUCAAUUUUAUUAUUCUGUUUCAUGGUUGUCUAGAAUAUCUUGACUAUAUAUUUGCGUAUCAUACAUAAAACAUCAUUCUACAUAAUAGAAGUAAAAUGUGAAAAAAAUUUCGAAAUGAAUAUAAAUGACACAAAAUUAAUUAGUAAUCUACAUAUUGGGAAAAUUAUAUGUUUAAAAAAAUUGACCUAAUAAAUAAUAUCAAAGUAAUGUA